CCGCUGAGACGACAUAUACCAGGCAGGCUAGCCCGUACGCGAUCUUCAGUCGACGAUCGACUUCCAAGCAGGAAGGGCACAGAAGCUCAUACAAUACAAAACACUAGAAUUGGAUCCUUCCUGCGGCUGUAAAAGCAAGAAGGGGAAGGAUUUCUUUUGGAAGCAGUGAAAGCAAAAGUGCUAGAAGAAGUUCACAUACCUGUUCGAAGAGUGUAGGGCAGUGUGGUGAACCCCUUAGUGGCUCGAGAAACAUUUCGGAAACAGUGUACCUCCAGUAACUUUCAAGUGAACGUAUUGCUGCGAACAUUGAGGCAAGAAUUCGGUCCGCAGGCGCGGAAGUGAAGCUUGGUGACAACGCAAACAGCAACCGAAAACAAUUUGAAUUUGAACUCUACCAAACAAACGUUACAAAAGACGCAUUAUCGCGAUGCCGGCGGAGUGUGCCGCUAACCCGCUACAGCGGGCCCUGGCCGACGCCAUCAUCCGGAUGGUGUCCAUGGACGAGCUGCGCAUAUUGCUCGCCUGCGGUGCGAAGGUCAACGAGCAGGUGACGCAAGGUCUGCGGCCGCUACACUACGCCGUCUGGCAGAACAACGAGGCAGCGGUCAAUCUGCUGAUCGUGCGUGGUGCCGACAUAAACGCGAUCGACGAGGUCGGCUACAGUGCGCUCCAUCUGGCGGCAGAGCAUGGUUACUUACAGCUCGCCAAAACGCUGCUGGAUGCCGGCUGCAAGGUCGACUACCGCGAGCCCACCAACGAUCCGUACCCGCGCACCACGCUCUGCGACGAACCGCUGCGGCUGGCGCUGCGCAACAAACACUACGAGGUGGCCCGGCUGCUGCUCGACCGUGGUGCCGAUCCGAACAAGCGGUACUUUUUCGGCUCGGAAAUCAAUCUCGCCACCGAUGUGGAAAGCCUGGAGCUGCUGCUUACGUACGGCGCCAGUACGGAGGCCCGCGACCGGUCGGGCAUUACGCCACUGAUGCGCGCGGUCCGGACGAAUGGUAACAUUGAUUCGGUGCUGCUGCUGCUGCACUACGGUGCGGACGUGAAUGCGAUGACUGAUGCUAGGAAUGAUUACAGAACCGUGCUGCAUUAUGCCGUUCUAUCAGGUAAUGCAUCACUCGUCACGAUGCUGCUGAAACAGGGCGCCCGGGUGGACAUUCCAGCCCCGCUGCCCGAGCCGGACCGGCCAAGCCCGCUCGAUCUGGCCGUCCUGCGGGGUGAUCCGGUGCUGGUGAGAAUACUGCUCGAGCAUGGUGCGAAUGUGAACCGUAGCAGCCCGGUGAUUGGGUCUCCGCUGCAUGUGGCCUGCGCCGACAAUAUUCCCAACAGAGUAGAGAUCAUGAAGAUGCUCUUGUUUUACGGUGCCGAUCCCAACAUUCGCGUCGUCGGAGAUGUGGCCACCAAUGCGAUACUGCGCCCACCGUUGGCCGAGCUGCUUGCCAGCAAUGAGCACGUGACGCCGCAAGAACUGCAUUUGCUGCUACGAUACGGUGCAAGGGUAAUUCUGAAGACCCAGUACCGCGAUCCGGACGGUUUGCUUAACUGCCUUUCCAACCUGCACCACGAAUCGGCCGCCUUCCGCAUCAUACUGGACGCAGCGGAAGAGUUCGACCCGUGCAUGAUCCGCCGCAACCAGCAGCUCACCGACGAGCAGCGCGAUCUCCUGGUGGAGCGUGCCUCAGUCCCACGGAAGCUCAAGUCCCAGAUCCGUGCCCACUACCGCCGGCUGUUCGGGCGGAAUCUGGGCGAGUUUGUGCCGCCCCUGUUCAUACCGAGCGAGCUGAAGAGCUAUCUGCUGUACGAACAUAGUCUGUAGGGACGUUUUUGGGGAGAGCUGGUGUGACCAACUGCCGUUUUCUUCUAAAAACCCCCUGAUGGACCUGAUAAGACUAUGCUACUGGGUGAAUGGAUGGAUAAUUGUCCGCUACUUUCCUUCCCCACCCUACACGUGUAUAUGAUAGACUAGUUUGUAGCGAUGUAAGCGACUGUUCCAUGGGUCCCAGACAACGGGAAAAGGAAUCGAGAAAAAAUAGGACGGUGCUUUCCAUUUUCCGCGUUCUGUGUACGGUGGUGGAGAGCUUGUGCUACGCCCGAGCGCUCUGAUUUAAGAGUGAUACAUUUUGUGAAACCCGGUUGUGAUAUUGGGAGUGGACCGAUUUUCUCUACUUUUACACGUCUGUUCCCGGUUUAAGCUUAAGUGAAUAAGGAUCAUGAUCGGUGACUGUUAGGUUUGUAAGAUUGUCGAAUUUGGAUCUUCGAAAAUAAAGGAAGAUUUAAUACUUAAUAAA